CAAUGUCUCUUUUCGUCAUUCCAACUGUUUUCUCUCUCCUACUAUGUUUUUCUUCCUCCUCUGCUUCCCUCUUCUCCUACUCUCUCUCCACAUUUGCAUUAAAUUUUCUCGCUCUAAAUUUUUCUUUCUGUCCUCCAGCUGUGGUAUUUCUGUCUCUGUCAAAGGCCAGAACCCAGAAACCCCACUCGUUUCUUCACAAACCAAACAAAUUAACUCUUCACUUUCCUUCCAAGCUCAGAGAAACAACACAACCCAACGUCGAAGAGCUUGGAAUACACACACCCCAAGUGCUUGAUUUUUCCAUUCAUUCUAGGAACCAUUUUAAUACUGAGUGUGAUUUCUCUGUCAGGGUGCACUUCGAGUUGGGAGAACAGCAGAUAAAAAAUAAAAUCAUAGUUAUUUGUUCUGUCUGUUUUCUUGAGAUUUACGUUUUGCAAUGACGAGAAGUUGACAACUUCCUUCACCUUCAAUUUCUCGUGAUAUAUCUCAAGAUGGAAUCCGUGAAUCCGUCAGCAGUGACUCCAAGAAAGAAGUUGGCUCGAAGUUUUGCUAAGGUUCUUCAUGUUAAAACACUGAUUGGAAUUGCCUCAGUUGAUGGGUUGAAGAAUGUUAUAUCCGAAACGAAUCUCAAAGAUGAAGGAAACAUGGAUAAGACUACAUUAAAUUGGUCUGAGUCUUUCGACUCAGAUGGUGAUGAAGAGCUUCAAGAAAGAGUGGCCACAGAAGCUCUUCUUGCAAAGCUGUUUGCUAGCAUUUCAACUGUUAAGGCUGCAUAUGCUCAGCUACAAUUUGCUCAAUCGCCUUUUGACCCUGAUGGAAUUGAAGCUGCCGAUCUAUUGCUAGUUUCUGAGUUGAAGAAUUUGUCUGAGCUUAAGCAAUGUUACUUGAAGAAACAGUUUGAUCCUUCGCCCGAGACAGCGAUUCUUGAAGCUGAAUCAAAGGAGCUGCAGGGUGUUCUAAAGACUUAUGAGAUCAUGGGGAAGAAGUUGGAGUCACAGGUGCGGCUUAAGGAUUCGGAGAUUGUGUUUCUUAGAGAGAAGUUAGAGGAAGCUAAUAGGCAUAACAAGUCAAUUGAGAAGAGAUUAAAUCGAAGUGGUCAAUUAUCUGUGCUUGAUAAUGUUCAUAUAUCAGGAUUAAGUCCUAAUCACUUUAUAAAUGUUCUUCGCCACGCGGUUAGGUCCGUUCGGAACUUUGUGAGGUUGAUUGUGGAUGAGAUGAGAGCUUCAGGUUGGGAUAUUAAUGCUGCUGUUGAUGCCAUCGAACAGAAUGUGGUUUACUUGAUAGAAGAUCACAAGUGUUUCACAAUUGAGGCCUUUGUUUGCAGGGAAAUGUUUGAUGCUUUCCACUUCCCUAACUUCUCCCUUCCAAAUGAGUCUAUUCCUGACAGAAACAAGAGACAACAAUGGUUCUUUGGGAGGUUCAACGAGCUGAAAUCCAUGAAAGCAAAGGACUUCCUUGCCGAGAAGCCAAGAUCAUCGUUUGCAAAGUUUUGCAGGAUCAAGUAUUUGAGACUUGUGCAUCCCAAGAUGGAGUCAUCAUUUUUUGGUAACCUUAGUCAGAGGAACCUUGUGAAUGCUGGAGAAUUUCCCAACACUGCAUUCUUCACUUCAUUUGCUGAAAUGGCUAAGAGGAUAUGGCUCCUACAUUGCUUGGCCUUCUCUUUUGAGCCUCAAGCUGAAAUCUUUGAAGUGGGGAAAGGGUGUAGAUUCUCUGAUGUGUACAUGGAAAGUGUGAAUGAUGAAAUUUUCCUCUAUUCAGACCAGACAGUGGAAUCAGAUCCACAAGUUGCAUUCACAGUAGUUCCCGGGUUUAGAAUUGGUAAAACUGUUAUACAGUGUCAAGUGUAUCUCUCACAGCACCAAACCAAGGUAAAAAGGUUCACCUCCACUAAGCAAAGGUAACAGUAGCUGGUGCCAGGCACUGACCCUACAACACCAGUGAUUGAACUGGAAGCCAUUUUUUUUUUAGUUGAGCUUUUGGAGGGAAGGGAAGGACUGUGUUUUGGUCUUGUGGGGACUCAACUCUGGCUAGGAUCACUGGGGCAUCUUUGUCCAUUUGUAUUUUGGCCAUUUUGAAAAGAAAAGCUAUUGGACCGUUGCAUUGGGAACAACCCUUUUCUUUAGAAUCUUUUUUAAUUUAUGCUAGAUUUAUCAAAGACAUCCCCCCCAAAUUUUGUAUCAGGCCAGUGACAGGGAUUGUCUAGCUGUUAUGCAUCUUUACUGGACAUUGCAUUAUAUAAUAUGUACAUAAUGAUAUAUAGGUGGGAAUAUUAUAAUCCUCUUUUCCUUUUUUAUAUCUUUUU